GGCAGAAAACGUGUUUUUGGUGUAGAUGUUUUUAAAUUCAUUAUUUUUUGAAAACAGAAAAAUGAAUUCAUUUUAAGAAUCUCUUCAGGUGAAGUGUUUCUUUCUCCUUAACAUUCAGGGUUCAAGGUUUUAGGGUUUAUCGAUUUUCAAAAUCAAAGAGUAAAAACGAUAUGCAGCAGCAGCAGCAACAGCAACAACAACAACAACAGCCUCAGAUAAUGACUAUGAUGCCACCAUUUCCACCUACCAAUAUUACAACUGAACAGAUUCAGAAGUACCUUGAUGAGAACAAGAAGCUGAUUCUGGCUAUAUUGGAUAAUCAGAACCUCGGGAAACUGGCCGAAUGUGCACAGUACCAAGCUCUGCUUCAAAAGAAUCUGAUGUAUCUUGCUGCAAUUGCUGAUGCCCAGCCCCCUGCCCCACAAACUCCUACUCAGAUGCAGGCACAUCCAGGAAUGCAGCAAGGGGGUGGGCUUUUUAUGCAACAUCCCCAGGCAGCUGCUAUGGCUCAACAACAACAAGCAUUCGCACAAAAGAUGCCCAUGCACUUCAGUCCCCAACAAAUGCAGGAUCAGCACCACCAACAGCAGCAGCAGCAGCUACACCAUCAACAACAACAGCAACAAGCAGCGCUCCAUGGUCAUGUGAUGAUGAGACCUGGAGGAGCCAACAACGGAAUGCAAGUUAUGCAUAAUGAAGGCUCUCUUGGAGGAGGUGUACAUAGUGGUGGCCCUUCACCCAGUGGAGGCCUAGGCGAAUUCUCACGUGGAGGAAGCCAACAAGAGGGGUUAGAAGGAGGUUCUAAAGAUGGACAAGGAAAUUCCUCUAAUGGGGAGCCGUCGUUUUUGAAAGGAUCAAAUGAUGGUAACUAAUAAUGAUCUCUUGAAACUGAGUUUCCUAGGCUAGUAAUUAUUAGUAAGUUUGAUAUGGCUAGAAUAUUAGGUUGUGCCUCUAUUAGAGAGCAGUAGGUUUUGUGGUGCUUCCAUUGCUUGACAAACAAAGUUCUUGUGUUUCCAAUUUUUUUUAAAGUUGGUUAAAAGAAUGUCUGAUGAUGAAGGUACCCCUGAUUGUUGUUCUGCCGUGAAUUCCAUCAUUGUAAAAUAUCAUGCAUGGUGUAACAAGAUGCUAAUUCAUCGGGUUCGUGUUUUAUUGUUUAUCUUAAAGAAAUGGGUUUUAAAUUUUUAAGAAGAAAUGACGAAAAA